AUGGCUCCUGGCUCUGCCACCGCAGGCUCAUCUGGGCAAGGGGCCAAGAAGCGAAAGGCCGACGCCCCAGCGCCCAAUGCUCGCAGCGACAACUUUGCCCAGAAGCGCUCCAAGGUUCACAUCGCACGCAACAUUCCCGCCCAGCCCGCCGACGCCGCACUCAAGGAUGGAGAACUCGACCUCCAGGCCUUUGUGGCCGCCCACGAGUUUGAGAUUCGGUCUCUCGAGCAGAGCAUAGCCACGUCCAAGGCUGUGGGCAGCAGCCGCGCCUUUCAGAAGGUUCCUCGAGGUUUGCGCCGUCGCACUGCGAGUCACAACCCGAAACGAGUUCCGCGCAGGUUAAGAUCGCGUGCGCAAAAGGAGAUGAAUGAGGAUAAUACACCAAAGGUAGAAGCCAGGAGGAGGAAACCUAGGACAACUCGAGGACGGAUACGAGCAGAGACGGCGCGACGAUUGGGAAUAUUGGCAGCAAGAAAGCGGAGGGCUGCGCUGGAAAAGGCCAAGGAGAAUGGGCAAGACGAAACCCCUGGAAGCGAAUUGGCUGUGGUAGGACGAGCGCCGAGACCCAAGAUUCGAAGAAACGAGCUCAACGAGCCCCCAAAACCUAUGGCCAAGUUUCGAAAACGACAACUGAACAAGACUUGGCUACCCACACAUGCAUGGCACGCCAAGAGAGCGCGCAUGACAGACCCUCUAAAUCCCCUGUGGCGGUUCGCUAUACCGUUGACACCAAACGAAAAGAUAUGCCGACCAACUCAUCGAGCGCAGGGUGACAGAGGCGCUGUGGUAUGGGAGAUGAGUUACAUGAGCACUAUUGGACUAUACGGAAACUCUGUUGGGAUAGAAAGGGUCCUCAAGCGAGUUGGUGUUGUGCAAGAUUCAUGUUGGAACGAGAAGGGCAGAAAAUGGAGACUGGGAACACGAUCGUGGACGGGCAUCUUGAGUCGAAAGACCAACACAGGACGACAAGUCAUCGGUCCAGGCACAAUUCUGUGGAACCCCGAGUCGUCAACACAGGCCGAGGUCCAAGAACCUCAAAAGAAGCAGAGACAAGUGUUUCUGCGCAUUCAUCCCUCAGCGUUUCUCGAGCUCUUCAACGAGCUACUGCAACUGAUCAAGCAAGAGAACCCCCGGCUCUAUAUCGAGGAUCUCCGGUUUGAGAUUGGCAGUAUUGACCUCACCGGCCCUGGCUCAACCGAGGCUCUACUCUCCGUGUUGACUCCCUAUCCUUCGAAAGACAAGGCAAAGGAUCAGCAUGCGGAGCUCUUCCGAGGUCUCGCGGGACUUAGCAACGCAGCAACAUUGCCUGCUGGUUCAAUCCUCAGCUUCCCAGUCCAAGACCCUCGUCUUAGGUAUCCUCCCAGACGGCUGGAGGUCUCUGAUGAUGCAGACGCGCAGCUACAACUUCUUGAAAAGAUUGCGGCUUGGCCAGCAGAAGAGGAUCUAUUGCCAUAUGCCAUCUUUGACCGAGAUGCCCGCCAUCGUGCGUCACAGCUCCCUUCACAGAAAAAUGUUGAUCGACGAAAGACGAAAAAGACUCCUGGAUCUCUGCUGAAGCCAACAGCAGUCGACCCUCCCAUUCCUGUCACACUCCUGGCGUCACGUACCGGCACAAGUACUCAAACCCAAGGCACAUGGACUCUCCUUGCCCCCUGGAAGUGCAUACAGCCGAUCUGGUACAGCCUGGUACAUUACCCCCUCUCGUCAGGGGGCAAUCCACGGUUCGCCGGAAUGGACGAGAUUCGUCAGAUCGCUUUCGAGCGCGGCCAGCCUUGGUUCCCAGGAGACUUUCCCGGGACGGCAGCCGGUGCUGAGUGGGAGCUUGAGGAACGGAGGAAGCGAAAGGCUGCUUGGGAGAGGCGGCCAAAGAGCAAGAGGGUGGCGUGGGAGUCGUUAGAUCUCGGCGGAGGGAGGAAGGGCGAGAUUGGAGAUGGCUUUGCCAGCAACUUUGAGUUGUUGUUCAAGUCGACCAAGACACGGUGCUCUUCGAAUAAUCAAGGCGAAGACCCUAUGGAUAUUGACCAAGACGAGUCGACGCAAAAGCCAGCACAACAGAAGUCAUCAGGCAUUCAUGGACUACAGCAGAUCUCCAAGGAUGCAUUCAAGCAGCUCCUUGAAAUCCCUCAACCUACCACGAUACCCACAAAUGCACUCGUCACCGUCCGGAUUACUCUACUCUCCCGCGGCGUCGUCACACCCUGCGCUCGCAUCUACCGUCUCCCCCCUCCUCCAACAAUCAUCCCACCCUCAUCUGAAGCCGAGGUCCCGGCUACAAUCCCCCCAAAGUCCGCAUCACACUCUUCCCUCCCACGAGACAUCCGUUCCCAAUGGCUCGCUCGUGUUCCGUCCUCUACUACACCCAAGAGCAAGGCUUCCAAGUCGUCAAAGCCUCGUGAUUUGGACUCGUUGAAACGUGUCCUUGCGCGCGAACUCAUCUCCAAGCCAACGCCUUACUCUUCCGAGCCAGCGAACCAAUCCGAUAUGAAUGGUCACCCGCUCGUUCCCAAUACAGAGGAUCUCAUUGGUUUUGUUACCACUGGGUCAUUCAGUCUCAGCGAGGGUCAUGGCAUGGCGAUUGGAUCCAUCGCCGCUGAGAAGGGCGCCUAUGUGUAG